AUUUGCUACAAAAGCCAGUGUAUCUGACUUUCAUUAUUUCAUAUUAACUCCACCAUAUAAUCCUCAACUUCAGCCAAUCGAAUUAGUGUGGUCUUAUGUAAAACGUUAUGUUGCUAAACAAUUCACGUCUUCUAGAACUGUUCAACAAUUAAUUGAACAAACAAAGAAAGGAUUCUACGGUGAUGGAGGUGAUCAUGAAGGUAUAUCGACCGAAAUGGUCAGAAAUAUGAUUUCACAUGCACAUAAAUACUGUGAUAUAUUUAUUAACAAUGAUCCUCAAUUAGAAGGAUCUAUCAUCAAUUUAAAGAACGUGAAAGAUUAUGAAGAAAUUUAUGAAAAAGAACAAGAUGAAGAUGAAGAUGAUGAUAUUAAUAUAGAAGACGACGACAUUCAAUAA